CCGGACCGCCCCGGUGGCCGAGCAGAGCAGGUGGAUCCCAGAGUCAGACUAGGGGUGCCUUCUGCCUGCAGGUCUGUCCAACGCGGACCCCUGCCCUCCAGACAUGGCCCCAGGCCCGCUCGACCCCAGCCCUGUGGCCCUGAAGGGGUGAAGACAGGCUAAGCACCGCCACCCCGGGCUGUGCCCAUGCCUCUGACCCAGGCACAGCUGGCCCCUGGAGCGGAGGCCAUGGAGACAGUGGCCCCAGCUGUGGACUUAGUACUGGGCGCCUCAGCCUGUUGUCUGGCCUGUGUCUUCACCAACCCCCUGGAGGUGGUGAAGACGCGGCUGCAGCUGCAGGGGGAGCUGCAGGCCCAGGGCACAUACCCACGGCACUACCGGGGCUUUGUGGCCUCCAUAGCCUCUGUGGCCCGUGCAGAUGGGCUGUGCGGCCUGCAGAAGGGGCUGGCCGCCGGCCUUCUCUACCAGGGCCUCAUGAAUGGCACCCGCUUCUACUGCUUCAGCCUGGCGUGCCAGGCUGGCCUCACCCAGCAGCCAGGUGGCACCGUGGUCGCAGGUGCUGUGGCUGGGGCCCUGGGAGCCUUCGUGGGGAGCCCUGCUUACCUGGUCAAAACGCAGCUGCAGGCGCAGACAGUGUCCGCAAUGGCCGUGGGGCACCAACACCAUCACCAGAGUGUCCUGGGCGCCUUGGAGACCAUUUGGCGGCAGCAGGGUCUGGUGGGACUGUGGAGGGGUGUGGGCGGGGCUGUGCCCCGGGUCAUGGUCGGAUCGGCCGCCCAGCUGGCCACCUUCACUUCUGCCAAGGCCUGGGUGCAGGAGCGACAGGUGAGGGGCCAGGGACAACUGUGCCCACCCACAUGGACACACAGGGUGGCUCCCAGAGGACAACUGGCUGGUGGCCCUGGCCGGAGGCAUGAUCAGCAGCAUAGCCGUGGUUGCAGUCAUGACCCCCUUCGAUGUGGUCAGCACCCGGCUGUACAAUCAGCCUGUGGACAGAGCUGGCCGGGGCCAGCUGUAUGGCGGCUUCGCCGACUGCCUGGUGAAGAUCUGGCGGCAGGAGGGCCCCCUAGCACUCUACAAGGGCCUGGGCCCCGCCUACCUGCGCCUGGGCCCCCACACUAUCCUCAGCAUGCUCUUCUGGGAUGAGCUCCGGAAACUGGCCAGGCAGGGCCAGUAGCGGGACACCUAGGCAGCCUCCCUCACAUCCUGACCCAGCCCGGGAACCGGCAGGAAGGCAUGGCCCGCUCCAUCUGGGGACAGCUGGGCUGCCUCGGAGCAGGCCAGAGGCUCAGGCCCUGCUAGGGGCCCUGGGGAGUGUGAACUGCUCUGGUAAACCCAGCCCCAUGGCCUACCCAGGGCCAGAGCAUCUGCUCCAAAUCAACACCCACUGUUUUCCAGAAAGUUCUCUUCCCUCUCUGGACUGAGUUACCUUACUCAUUGCUACAAUGACUGCUCCAGGGCAUGAGCUGGGUCACUUACAUGCAUCAGCUUGCUUAGUCCUCAGACAACAGCCCAGGACGCUAAAAUCCUCUCCUGGUAAGGAAGCUAAAUCUCGGAAAGGUGAAGUGUUCUGAGCAAAGCCCGAGCCAGGGCGGGAACUCGGCUCUGCCAAGUCCGGACCUGUGUCCCUGGCACAGGUGGGACCCUGGGGACUGGAGUGCCCCUGAGGGAACCCUGUCCUCUUAGGGAGGCCCUGGGGGGCAUGUGAGGCCAAACUGUCGUCAUCUGUGUCAGUCAGCUGCCGUGACUAAGUGCACAGACUGGGGGAUUAACAGCAGAACUUUAUUUUCUCACAGUCUGGAGCCUGGAGGCCCAGUUGCUGUCUGUCAGCAGAGCUCCCUUCUCCUGAGGCCCCUCUCCUUGGCUUGCAGGGGGCCCGCUUCUCCCUGUGUCCCCUCAUGGCCUCCCCUCCAUGUGUGUCUGUGUCCUAAUCCCCUCUUCUUACAAGGACACCCAGCAAGUGUAUUGGGUCAGCACCCACCCAAAUGACUUCAUUUUAACAUCAUUACCUCUUUGAAGACCCUGUCUGCAAAUACAAUAACAUCCUGGGGGUUAGAACUUCAAUACAUGUCGGGGGCAGGGGUGGGGGACACAGUUCAGUCGUUAACAUCCACUGAGGCCUCCUGGGUGCCCGGCUCUGUGGGCAUUUAUACAAAUCCUCAGGACAAUUCUGAAAGGAAACCCUGAGAUGCCCCUUGUUCAGAUGAGGAGACUGAGGCCCAGGGAGUGGAAGUGACUCUCCCAAGGUGAGCAGCAGAGCUAGGUGUCCUCAUCCCGGGCCUUUUCCCCAAGCUGCAGCCACAUUCCCCGUCCCACCCCUGAGCCCCAUGGGUGUGUUCCUAAGGCCUGCACAGGUCUUUGUGCUAUGGAGGUGGACACCGAGUCCCCGGAAGGGGCAGCACUGGCCUCGGUCAAGCAGCCUGAACUCCCUUCCCUGCUAUACCCCAUGUCUGCAAAGAGCUGCUCCCUAGGGGCACCCCUACUGCACACUCCAAACCAAUAAAGUUUUCUAUUUUGUCUA